AUGGGAUGGGGUGGAGGAGGAGAUGGGGGUAGAGAUGUUGCCGGUGGUGGGAUCAUGCAUGUGAAGGUGUUGGAGAGAGAGGCAAGCUCGCGCCAUGGGGCUACAGCUGCAUAUGAUCCUGCUGCCGAUGCAGCAAAACAAGCUGCCAACAAGGCAAAGGAGGGUGCCCAAGAAGUGAAGGAUCAUGCUGCCUCCGCUGCAGAAAAUGUGACUGAAAAAACAAAAGAAGUAGCCGGAAAGGUGUCGGAAACUGCUCAGGAUUUGGCUGGUAAGGCGAAACAGACUGCACAAGAUGCAUGGGGUUCGGUUAAGGAUACGACCCAGAAGAUAAAGGACACAGUGGCAGGCAAAGCUGAAGAAUCAAAGGAAGCCAUUAAAGAUAAUGCUGAGACUGUCAAGCGCAACGUCAAUAAUAACUAG